ACGCCAAUAAUAAAUUCUUACAAAAAACAAAGAAUAUCCUCUGAUCCACCCCACCCCCUCACUCUUAAACCCCCUUUCACAUACUUUCCCCAACAACAACGAAUACGAUUCAGUCGCCGAUUUUUUUUCCGGUCAGGUUUCCUUUUUACCGGAGAGAAUAGCGGUGGCGGAAAGCUAGCUCUGGAGUAAGGUGGAGGAUGAAGAUUCAGUGCAACGUGUGUGAGGUCGCGGAGGCGAACGUGCUGUGUUGCGCCGAUGAGGCGGCGCUUUGCUGGUCCUGCGACGCCAAGGUUCACGCCGCCAAUAAGCUCGCCUCUAAGCACCAGAGAGUUCCGCUCUCCGGCUCGUCCUCGCCGAUGCCCAAGUGCGACAUCUGCCAGGAAACGGUAGGCUACUUCUUCUGCCUGGAGGAUCGAGCUUUGCUCUGCAGGAACUGCGAUGUUGCUAUUCACAAAGCUAAUGCAUACGUCUCUGCUCAUCAAAGAUUCCUGCUUACUGGAGUGAAAGCGGGACUUGAAUCUAUUGAAGCUGGUCCAUUGCCCUCCUCCGGGAAUUCACAGUCUGGGAAGAAGGUCUUAGAGACACAGUCUCGUUCUGUUUCGAGGACAAAUGCCCCUGGGCCAUCAAAUCAUCAAUAUAAUGAAGUACCACCAGUACAAAUAAGUGGGAUUGGGGAUCUUGCACCUACUAAAGCACAGCUUGGGGGUUCUGCAACUGUAAAUGUUCCACAAUGGCAGGUGGAAGAAUUCCUUGCGUUAAGUGAUCUUGAUCAGAAUUAUUGUUAUAUGGACAAUAACUCAUCCAAGGCUGGUAGUGGGAAGGUCGGAGGUUCUGACUGCUCCUCUGUUUUGAAAGUCAUUGAGAAAGAACCAGAUGGUGAUGAGUGCUUGGGUCAGGUGCCUGAGGCACCGUGGGCUGUUCCACAAAUUCCUUCCCCGUCUACGGUCUCAGGAUUUUAUUGGCCUAAAACAUACCGGAAUCCAUUUGAUGCUGCAGUCUUCGUGCCUGAUGUAUGUUACACCCCCUUGCAGAACCCUCACCAUCAACAGCCAAACAGUACUAGUUCUAAACGGAAAAGAGAGUACUAGACUACUAGUUCAAAAAGACACUAGACUACUAAUAUAUUCACUCUACACUUACAUACGAUGAGGAAUUAGGAGUUUCACUGCUUUUUUCAUGUUAGCUUCUGUGCUUUAAUUGUGUCACGAAGUGUUGCCUUACUGCAUGUAGAAAUCGUUGAGCUUAUCUUUGGCUUGGGAAAGUUAACUUCCCACUCUGUCUGUAAGUAUCCCUCGGCUCUUUCUCAUCACACUAGUAUGAAGGAUCAUGAAACUAAGCACAGAGGAUUUAUUGCAACUCUUGUGCUACUUGUGCUAAAUAAAUGCCACGAGGACCCUACUUUUCUUGUCUUGGCAGUUGACAGACAAUGAUGGUCCGAGCUUCAAGCAACAUGCAAGUAUUGAAUGAUUAUAUUGUACAAAGCGAAAGCAGCAGAUGAUUUGUUAGCGGAUAACAUGAAUGGAUGAUGCAGUGUUUACCUCUUGAUCUUGCUGGAUAAUGCAUGCCGACAAGAGAAGUGAACCAUAUUCUCUCUGGGCACACCUGAUAAAGAUGUUGACACAUAACAUGAGGAGAUAGCAUCAGUCCGCAAGAUCAUAUGAUCAACGAAUGAUUGUAAUGCACGAAUCAUUCAAUCAUUUGGAUUUGUUUUUUUUUGUUAUCAGAUGCAGCUGGGAGUGUCUAUUCCUGCUGGACGUGGAUAAGGAUAGAUGCCAGAUAUGGACAAGAGCAAAUGAAAAAUUUUCUCUGUAUGUAAUAGCCUGAGAAGAUGUUUGAUAGAUUUCUCGUUUGUUGCUAACUCGUUGUCCAUGAUGUUAGAUGUGUAUCUGAUAUCUCCAUGAUAUUA